UUCAGUGCAAAGUUUUCGCAAUUAUUUUGUGGACAAAAUGGAUAUAAAUGAAAAGAAUAAAAAACGCGAUCAAGUAAAUGAUAUUAUUAAUGAAUUAAACCCUGAUAGAAAAUUGACGGAGGAAGAAUUUCAAAAUUUCAUGCAUCGUGUUACUCAAGUAGAAAAAAUCGUGAAAAAAUUGGCAUCCUCUGAUUUAAAAGAGCAAGAAUGUGGAAAAAUGUUGGCCGACGAGAUCUUGAAAGACGAUGUUCAAAAAGAGAUCUACGAGGACGGUGAAAUAAGGAUUAAAACUAAUCGAUCAGUAAUCAAUAAAUAUUCUUCAAAGGAAGAUGAUCCCACGAAUGAUCCAAAUAAAAUGUCACAAAGAAUGUUCAUGAAGAGCGUGGAGGAUGAUGCGAAACGACGAGCUGAGGAUCGUAAAAUCAGAAACGAACGGGCGGAAACAUUAAAGAGAAUUGCAAAUGGUGCAUUUAAGGAGAAUGAUUAUGAAAAGGCAGUGACUUAUUACAGCAAAGCAUUGGAGCAACGCAAGGACUCUUCCGUAUUGUGGAAUAAUCGCGCGUUAUCGUAUAUGCAUCUCGGAUUAUUCGAGAAGGCCCUGCACGAUUGUGAUUGGGCAUUAAAAGUGAACGAUUCAAAUCUGAAAGCUCUCCUGAACAGUGCCAAGUGUUACAUGCGUCUUGGGAAUGGGAGAAAGAGUAAGGAGUAUAUACAGUUGGCCAAAGAAGGGAAUCCUCACUUCAAGAAAUUUAUCAAUGAAUACGAAGAAAAUCUGGAGACGGAGUUCGACAAAUUUGAUUUGAAUAUUCAUCAGGUGAUCAGCAGUGAUGAGCAGUGACAGAACGAGUCUUUUCCGCAUAAAUAAUGAGUAAUCAUUAUUUUAAUAUGUAUAAGAACGCGAUAAAUUAUCGAUACAAGUGUAUCUGAUAUUUCACAUCUUAGCAUGCUUCUUCUUGGUAAUUGCCUAUGUAUAUAUAUUAAAUAAUAUCAAGAUGGUUCUAUA